AUGGGCGCAGUUUGCAAACAGCCCCCCGGCCUGGGCGCCGAGGGCCAGCAGCGGGCGGGGGCGCGCGACAGCGGCUUCGGCCCGGGCCCGCCGCUCUCCUCCCCCCCGGCGCCCGGAGCCGCCCUGACUUUCCGGGCGGGGGGGCGAGGCGGAGGGGGAGGGGAAGGCGGCGGCGGGGAGCGGCUGCUUUUUCUUCUCUUUCGGGCCCUUUCUCGGCCUUCCUCCGCUCUGGCGGGGCCCGGGCACGGCCGGGGACCGCAGCCCGGCCGGGAGGGAGGGUCGCCGGGGAGCGCGCUUCAGCCGUCCCUCGCGCCGCCGCGGCGAGACGAGUCGGCUUCGCUACGGUGCUCGGUUCUCCCGCCGGCUCGGCGAGCGGUGGCGGCGGUGGCGGCGGCACUGGGAAAAUGGCGGCCGAGCUCCUUUUCCCUCCCCCCCUUUAAUCUGAAGCGGAGGGAGAAUGGAGCGAGCGAGCGAGCGGGCGAGCGCCGGGGACACGGGGAGGAGGGACAGCAGCGCCUCCGCCGGCUGCGGCUGCGGCGGCGAAGGGCCGCUCCACCCCGGCGCGCCGCCAGGGGGCGCCCGCCACGCCGCCCCCGCGGGCCGCCAGGAGGCGCGGCCGCCGCCGCCUCAGUCAUGGCUCCUCGCCGCGGCCGCUGUUUUUGUGCCUCCAUCUGCGGAGGCAGCGGCGCCCGGCCCCAGCUGCCCCGGACGUGCGGCGACGGCACGCAGCACUGCGGCAGGCGGGAGCCAGCUCUCGCUGCAGCCAAGGUGAGGCUAACCUGAGGCACACUGACGCCGUCACAUUCCCUCCGUGCUGGGGCCGGCAGUGCGGCGCGCCGGCUGUGAGGGACAGGGCGGGCCGGCGCCGCGGUGCGAGAGGACUUGAGCGAGGAACUGUUUGCACUGUGUAGUAAAGAGGCUAAGGCCGUCGGCGCCACUCUAUUCCAGGGCUAACCGUACGCUGAACCGGGCAGAAAGCGCCCUGACCAGUGCAGCGGCUUCCGCCACCCGCCCUUUGUCCUAGCAGCCAGCCGUACACUGCAGCACGGUUGGGCACUAGCCCCAGCACCGCGCUCCGCAGCUACCAGAGUGGGGGGGGGGGGGGGGGCGCACGUAGUUAUUGCGCAGGCGCGAGCCAGGGCCCGCGCCGGGCCAGCCCGGGAAGGGGCAGCCGGGAGCCAGAGGAGAGGUGAUGGCCCCGCCAGCGCCGAGCCCGCUGGGAACUGUAGUUUUCGUGAACACGCGUCUUGUUUGGGGUGUCAUGGCUUGGCAGAUCCGCCAAAACAGGCAAAUGGCAUUACACAAUGAGUAUUUAUGCUUCCUGCCGCCACCAAAAGGAAGUUCACUGCCAUGCUAAAGUUUAACAAAGAACUCCAUAGAAAAACACAAAUCUCACAACAAAAAGCCAACUUCCCACCUUGUUACCAAGAGUUGGUUUAAAGUGGUGGCACCUUAUCAUUUCUCAUGACCAGUUUGUCAGUACAGAAUUUUAUAUCGUUCUCAAAAUACGGCCUUAAAAUAAUGGAAUCUUUCCUAGACUUAAAAGAAUUCAGAAACAUAAUGUAAUACAAGGUGUCACGCUUACACAAAGUGUAAUUCUACCAUCCUUUAAAGAAAAAGCUGCCAAAAGAUGAGUACAGUACCUUGAGAUUUAAAAGACUAAUCUAGGAUUCAUCAAAAUUUGCUUAAAUGACUGAAGAAAAAAAUGGUUCGAAUCAUUAAAUCAUCAAAUUCGGCAGAUAAGAAGGUUAUGUAUGCUCUACUACCAAAAAGGAAAGCGCAAAAUGCUUCACACUUUUUUGUGGCUUACCAGAACCAAUAUCCGGCAUUAUACGUCACUUCUGCUGAUCAAAAAACACCCAGUUGUUACAAAACGGUUUUAGUCUUCCCACAAAGUUACACUAACUCACCUGCCCCUGCAAAAUCUGCACCUAGGUUUCUGCGAGUUUCCAUUUAUACUCUUAAAAUCACACUUUCAAGCCAUGGUUCUCAAAUAUCAAAAGCAGGCAGUUUAGAGUCAUAGGGUCAAAUUACACAAAUAAUAAACUAAUAUAUGUAUACAUAUUUGUAUACACAUCUAAAAGAGGUCCUUAGUCUGGAUUUUUAAUUUACGACCCUGGGGGAAAACUUUAAUUGACUUUAAAUGUACACACAUACACACAAAAAUAGUAAUUCCACAAAAUACAGCAGAAGGGUAUUGGACCAAUAGAUGGCGAACUAGAGCCCCAAUCUGAGGUUUCUGAAAUCUAAAUUAGCAGAAUGAAAAACACCAAAUAAGGCAAAGCCCUUUGCAGUGUGUACUUAAAUAUUAAAUUCAGACACACUAUAACAAAAUAAUCUUACUACUGCUCCAAAUUUUUAAGACUCAACUGUCAGAUUUAAUUAGGCAACCAAAUAAACAAGGUUAUAUGAAAUACAUUUUUCCAAUACAUUAGGAGAAAGAUGGAAAAUGUUCAUUUUUAAAACCAUGUAUUUGGGGAAAAUAUAAAUUCCAACUUCCCCUUUCUCUCAUUGCUUAGUGCAAGGGUCAGGAGUUCACAGGGUUUAUGGCACUUAGUCAACCUGUUUUAUAUUUUAUCUAAAAAUCACACAUCUUUCUUCCUAGGCACCAAUUUUUACUUUUCUUUUUUUGACAGGCUCUUGCUCUGUCAC